GCAGAGCGGUGUCAUCAGCCGUAGUUUCACUGAGGACGCAGAGAAAAACAGCAGCUAGAAAGGGUGUUGGUUUCUUGAUAGGACGGUUUUUUUCUUCAGCCGUCGUUGCUGUGAGGACACGAAGAAGCAAAGCGAUUUCAGAUCGUUUUAACUAGAGAAGAAAUCACACCUCGGUUCGAACAGGAUUACAUUUAACGUUUCUCCAAACAGGGCUCACUCUGAGGUUAUUCCUGCUGCCUUUCUGGACCGUAAGCACCUUUGAGGACUGUUUCUGAAACCUCACUCAUCUCCUUUUUCUAUCCCCAUGGGGAAUGGACCAUCUGAACAGUCGAUGCUCUGCUCCAACAUGUCGUUCUUCCAAUCGUUUCACAUCGCCAUUCUGGGACUAGACUCUGCUGGAAAGACCACAGUCUUGUACAGACUGCAGUUCAAUGAGUUCGUGAACACUGUGCCCACUAAAGGUUUCAACUCAGAGAAGGUCAGAGUGGCCCUUGGGGGCAACCGUACUGUUACCUUUCACUUCUGGGAUGUCGGAGGGCAGGAGAAGCUCCGCCCCCUGUGGAAGUCAUACACCCGGUGCACAGAUGGCAUCAUCUUCGUGGUGGACUCUGUAGAUGUGGAGCGCAUGGAGGAGGCCAAGACUGAGCUGCAUAAAAUCACCAAGACAUCAGAGAACCAGGGGGUGCCCGUGUUAGUGGUGGCCAACAAGCAGGACUUGAGGACGUCUUUGGGAGUGGAUGAGAUUGAGAAACUGCUCGCUCUAAAAGAACUGGGCCCCGCCACGCCCUGGCACCUGCAGUCAUGCUGUGCUAUCAUUGGGGACGGACUAAGGGAGGGCCUGGACAAACUCCACGAGAUGAUCCAGAAGAGGAGAAAGAUGCUGCGGCAGCAGAAGAAAAAAAGAUAAACUAGAUAAAAAUGGAUUUUCUGCUGUUUUUUUAUGAAGGAACAAUCUUUUUUUUUUUUUUCUCCCUGAGUGGAUUUCCAGUUCCACUGCAGGUUCAUAUUUACUGUGCUGAGUUUUAUCAGUCCAGAUUCCCGGUCACAGUCGGGUGCUUCUAUUGCUGUUGAUCAGGAAGUGAAGGUAAUGGGCUACAGUAUGAAGAGGUGAACGUUUCAGGCACGUGUGGAUGUGUUUUACAGAGGAAAUACACAACGCUGAGGGUUUUUAGGGUCUGGAGGAGGGCAAAGCAGAUGUUUAAAGGAUUUCAAACAGUUUUUUCAACAAUAUUACCAAAAAUAAUUCAAGGCUUUGACUAGUUGAAGG